AUGGAUAUUAUUAAUAUUAUCGAAACAGAACCCAUAUCACGUGAACAAUAUUCCAAUGAAUUUAGUGAUAUUGAAAUUGCUCCUACUUCAAAGUCUCAAAACGACGAAAAUAGAAUGGAAAAUGUAUCCGACAAACCUAAACCACUCACUUUGCCAAUAUUUACAAAUAUAAGAAAUAGUUUAACCUUUGCGAAGAAAAAAUAUGGAAAACCACGUUCGUCAAGCCGACCUCGUUCUUCUAGUGGAUAUAGUGCGGAUUCGGGGGGUAGUGAAUCAUCUAAGAGAAUUAAUCAUAUUACAAUUGACAAUGAUAUUGAUGAUGGAAAGAAUCCGUCAUCUACAUUUUCAUCUGGUAUAGGUGGCCGAAAUUUGUUUGAUGAAUUUAAAUCUAUUGACAUUUCUGACAGUGAAGAAACGUCAACAUCACAAAAGAAAAAAAGAGAUGAUUCAGAUAAACUUUACAACUUUACUUUUGAUGAGGAAACCUCUAAAAAUGAUACAGUUGAAAUAUCAACCGAUUCGCGACGCAACGAACUGCAUGAUUUUGACAUGUCUGAUAACGACGACGACGCAAAUCAACGUUCCCGUAAAAAAUCAACAAUAAUUGUCUCUGAUGAAUCUGAUGGUGGAUUCGAAACUGAUUUUUUUGAUGAUGAGAACAGCACAAAGAAAGAUUUAUUCAUUAAACCGGAUGGUCAAUUAUCGGAUGACGAACGGGAAUCGAAUUUAAACGAUGUAUAUUCUAACCGCUCAAAAGCCCCAAAGAAAUUUUCCAAGAAAUCUAAAUUAAAUUCGUUAAGUUACCUUUCCGACGCGUCCGAGGAGUCCGAAGAUGAAGACUAUUGCCCAAUAAUGUCUAUAAAUAAUGAAGAUAAACAAAAAGAAAAUUCAAAAAAAAAGGAAUCAUUCUAUCUCGACACCGAUGAAGAUGAGCCUAGCGAGAAAGAAAAAAAGUCGAAAUAUGAUGAUAAUUCGCCAAGAUUACUUUCUACCAAAAAACCUUUAGGCUCGAAUAUAGACGAGCCGAAUACGGAGAAUCCGAUGAAUAUUGGCGGUGCUUUUGAUGAAUCUAUUUUAGAUGAUGACUUAAGUUUAGAUGAUUAUAUUGCUGUAGAUAAGCCAACAUAUUCAUCAAAAAAGAAGCAAAGUCAAAGACAGAUAAUAAUUCACGAAGAAUCGAGCAAUAUUACCGAACUUCAACCUCCUUUUCAACCAGGAUCCUCGCCAAUGAAAAAUGGUCGUCGAUAUUUAGCUAUAAAUUGGCUUGGUAGCAUUCAUGCGGUAGAUAAUACUACUUAUCAUUCAAUAACUGUCGAAUAUAAUAACAAAACACUUUACAAAGGAUACACCUUUCGCGAUGAAGUUGGCUAUACUAUGGCUUGCCUCGGCACACAGGGAGUGCUCUUUGCCGUAGAAUCUGACUCAGAGAAUCCAAGUGUUUUGUAUUAUAAACCAAAUCAAAGCUGGUCCCAAAAGAGUGAUUGGAUGACAACACUUCAUCAUGGUGAAGAUAUUACAGUUGUCGUAGCAACAUCUAAAAAUUAUUUGAGAUUCUUCUCUCCUUUUGGUUUUCAAAAUUACAUAUUCUCUUUUCCCUCUAUCGUCUGCAUGGCUGCAUAUAAUAAUCUUCUUUUGAUCGCUCAUCAUUCAAGUGUUGCUUAUAAAGGUUCACAAAAUCUUGGAUACGUUUUGUAUGAUAUGCAUGAACGCGGUGAUGUACAAAAGGAUGUUUUACCGAUAUCUAAAGAAUCUACCUUGAGAUGGUUGGGCUUUUCGGAAGAAGGGAUGCCAGUAAUGUUUGACUCUAAAGGUAUCCUUUUUGUCCUUCACGAUCAUCGAAUAUACAAACAAGCAAGAUGGGUGCCUAUAUUAGAUACUGCCAACAUCGUAAAUGAUCCUACUAAGCCUGAUAUAGACAAAUCAAAGAAGAACGUGCCCCGUUAUCCUCGACCUACAUACGACGAAGUUAAUUGGCAAAUGCCACUCUUACAUCUUGAUAAAGUGAGUGGACGUUGUGAAGAAAGAUGGAUACGCGAGUCUAUCCUAUCGAGCUUUGAAUACCAAGAAGCCAAUGCAAAGGAUGAAUUGAGUGUCGUUAAAAUUACGGAACUAAGGAAGAAAGAAAGAGAUACUAAAAAGAUCAUAAUCGAAUUAAUCCAGGCUACUGUUACUGAAGAAAGAUAUGAACGUGCUUUGGAAUUAGCGAAGUUGCUAGAUUCGAGAAAAUUUUUGGAAUCUGCAUUACAAAUUGCAAUCUUUUAUAAUGUUACAAGUUUAGCUGAAAAAAUCCAUCAACUGCAAUCAAAAUAUUUUCAAUAUCAUAUAUAUUUUUCUUUUUUGUUGGGUUCAAGUGAUUCGAUACUCUUAUCUGACCUUAAUCAUAGUUCGACUAAUUUGAGUAGGUCUUCACCAAACCGCGAAGAUUCACCAACCAAUCCAUUAAAACGAAGCGUAAAAGAUAUGAAUGAUGGAAUACAGGAAGUCGAUGAAAAUUCACCAAAACCCAAGAAACCGGCAGUACCUAUAAGUUCCUUUUUUAAGAGAAAAUCGCUCACUUAA